ACCAGUGGGGCAGGACCAGGGAUUUAGCUCAGUGGCACUGCUCCUGCCUCAAAAGCGCAAGGUCCAGAGUUCAAUGCCUGGUACCAGAAACAAACAGAAAAACCAGUGAGGCAGGAAGAUGCAUUUUGGAAAAUGGCAAUGUACUACUCGUUGAACCCAUGUUACGCACCAGCUGUUCUAUCCCUGAAACCUUGGCAACAGCUUGGUGUUUUAGAUUAUCACCUAAGUCAUAGAUGAAGAUGGGUUUGGAGAUUGAAGGUCAGUUUUGUGAUCACCCAGCUGGUAGAGUCCAGAUUUAAACAUAACCUUUUUCACUAUGUGCACAUCAAGAUGUGCUGUAGUCGAAGUGUGGUUGGGGACACAGCCUGAUAAAGAAGGGUUGGACCUGCUGGGCAUGGUGGCACGCACCUGUGAUUACGGCACUCAGGAGGCUGUGGCCUCCUGACAAUCAUCACAAGUUCAAAGCCAACAUGGACUACACAAUGAGUUCAAGGCCAGCCUGAACUACAUAGUGAAAUCCUGUCUCAAAGCAAAAAAAGAAGGGUUGGACAGGGUGAGGGAUUCUUGCUACCUCCCUUACAAGGACCCUGUGGCAGCCACACCUCCUUCCCAGACAAUCCAAGCAGAGUCUGAAAGCCUUGCAUUAAGCAGCUUGAGCCUGCUUGACUAUCCAACCCAGCCUCCCUGGUCUCUGUUCUGCUGUGGCCUCCUGGCUAAUGCCUCACACUGAACUUACGUUAUGGUACGGGGCCUUAGCACAUACUCAAAUCUCUUACCCAUUUGUGUGUUUUUGUUGCUAGAACCCAGGGCCUUGCACACAGAGGAGCCAAGUGCUGUACCACUGAGCUACAUCCCAAGCCCCUCAUCCCCUUAAGAGGAAGUCUCCCUAUGUUGCCCAGCCUGACUUGGAAAAACUGAGCUCAAUUGAUCUUUGUUCCUCAGCGUCUCCGUUGGUGUGAACUACAGGGUCCUGCUCCCGCGUCCAUCCCAGUUUUUGUUUUUGUUGAAUUGGCUUCUUCAGUAGCCAGAGGUCUUUGUAAACGCUUGUCAUGUUUGUUACCAUGUAGCUACUGCUGUUACUAACAGACUUCACUUUGCUUUCAAGGAGCUUCUACUUUUGGAACAAAGUUGCACAGGCAACUGAUUCAAAGUAGUGAAUGAAGACUCUUUGGGAAAUAGUUGUAGUGGUAAUCAAGGAAGGCAGAAUUUGAAAGGCAGCCCUCCAGAGGCUGAGGCAGGAGGAUCUAAAGUUCAAAGCCAGUCUGGGCUACACACACUGUCUCAAAACGCAAAACGAACAAAAUCAGAAUUUCGCUUGUUUUUUGGCAUCCGGGAUCGAACUCGGGUCCUUCUGCUUGCGAGGCAGGCGGUGGAACCACUGAACUAAAUCCCCGACCCUGAUCAGAACUUUGUAUCGGAAAGAUUUCUCCAGAUAGAGUGGGUGGACUGAUCUACAGAAUGAAUGAACAUAACACUCGUCACCACCCGGCUUGGAGCUCCGUGCAUGCGCACACGCAGGGCUGAGGGCUGACCCUUUCCUCUGGGUGGCGCCGGCUUCGCGCGCAACCUCUGGACCUCUCAACGGCCGCUUAACGCCUGGUCCCGCCCCUUGAGGGGGCCCUUGCUCAGCGGGGGCGGGGCCGGGAGCACGCUCCGAAGCGCGUGCCGCGGACAGGGUAUGCGCAUGUGCAGAAGGCGUGAGCGCGAAGGCGGGAAAAGAUGGAGCGACUCGAAGUAGACCUGCCCCACGAAAAGUUGAGUGACCAGGCGUUUCCGGCCAUGGCAGAGGGCGAGGAGCAGCUGAUCUGUGAGGACAGCUGCGCCACCAAGGAACCUGUCGAGGACCUGGCCAGAAGUCAGGUUUCUAGCCCUUGUAUCUCCACCUCCAGUGCCAGCCACCAGCUGCCAGUGCUGGAAGGGAAGGCAGGACUCUACUUUUCCUCCCUGCACUCAAGUAUCGACAUUUUGAAGAAGAGAGCCCAGGACCUGAUUGAAAACAUCAAUGAGAACAGGCAGAAGGACCAUGCACUCAUGACCAACUUCAGGGACAGCCUCAAGAUCAAGGUCUCAGAUCUGACAGAGAAGUUAGAGGACAGGAUAUACCAGGUCUACAGCUACCACAGCAAGAUAAUUCAGGAAAGGCUGCAGGAAUUCACCCAGAAAAUGCUGCAGAUCAGCCACCUGGAGAUGGAGCUCAAAGAAGCAUGCCAUACUGUGGAGUCUGUGUACAGAGACCUGUGCGUGCACCCUGAGGCCACCGCUUUAGAAGAGCAGACCUAUAAAGAUGCUGAUUCCUAACCGAUGGCUGGGAGAUUCGCCUCCUAGUGACAGCCACCCACAGAAGACCAGGAGCCCUUUGGGCCACGCUGAGAUUGUUUUCUACAGUUCUAUAGUUCUAAAAUGCAACUGGGCAAAAGCAAAACAAAACCAAUAAAACAAAGUUCGUGAUGCUAAACCCUAAGAUGCAGCAAGUGUAGGCCCCACUGUGGGCCUAGCCUUAGCCUGCAAGUUGAUUAAAUGUUUGAUUUUCAA